AUGCUGCGACAAGGAUGUCUAAAGCUUGCUGGUUUGCGCAUCUUUGUCAUUGAUGAGGCUGACGAGAUGUUAAACCAGGGCCUGCGAGACCAACUUGAGCAGAUCUGCAAGCGUCUUCCAACUGCCUCUCGAUCGAGCACUGGAGAUGACAUUUUUGCCAGUUUGGAACAGUUUCAAGGCCGGACGGCCGUCCAGCGGGUAGUCGUGUCGGCUACCUGGACCUCAGGCUGUCGCGAGGUGAUGCAACAGUUCCUCGACAACCCCGUUCUCAUUCUCGUGCCCAGGUUCUGUGCUACUUAUGUUUUGUCAGACGAACUGACUCUCUCCUCCAUCAUCCAAUCCUAUAUCGACGUUGGAGGUGAGGAGUGGAAGUUUGAGGCCCUAGCGGACAUCUUUGCCAGCAUCUGUGUGCCACAGACUGUCGUCUUUGUGAAUACGCGUCGCAAGGUGGAGUGGUUGGCUGAACGUCUGACGCACGAGGGCUUCGCAGUCAGUGCUGCACAUGGUGAAAUGGAUCAGACCUCACGUGACAGUGUCAUGGGACAGUUUCGAGCCGGAAGAAGUCGUAUUCUCGUGACAACGGAUGUCUGGGCUCGUGGAAUUGACGUACAGACUGUCGGUCUUGUGGUCAACUACGAUCUGCCGAGCACAGCCGCGGUGUAUUUACAUCGCAUUGGUCGGUCGGGCCGAUUUGGCAGGCGUGGUAUCGCCAUCAGCCUGGUUGGUGGUCAAUCAACCGACAAAGCGCACCUGGCAACCAUCGCUAAGGCCUACGGCACUGCCAUUGAGCCGGCU